AUGCAUACAGAGUCAUCACUUACCGGAACGCCAUCUCGCUUUGGAGGUGCGGCUGAGCCUCGUCGAUCCUCAGGUGUGGUGUGGCCCCGUGCGGCCGCCAUUGUACCCGAGGCCUGGCCACGAUCUUUCAGUACAUCUUCGCAUAUUCAAUUUGAGCGCGAUGCCUCGUCGAUGAUAGAAAGUAGAGGGUGUAGGUGUAGGUUCACGAAUCGAAUCCCUGGUCUGCCAAGAGUCCUCAGGAGCUCUCGGUAUGGUGUGAAGUCUUGGAGCUCAGCCCAAACUUCACCAACUCUUCCUCUUCCUCUUCCUCUUCCUCUUCCUCUCCCUCUUCCUCUUCCUCUCCACGCGCACGCGCACGCGCACGCGCACGCUAUCAACCUUCUUAAAUGCCUACAUACUGCUUGCGUAGCUGCUGGCCAGGCUACAGCAGAGCAUCUGCGGCGCACAAGCCCCUCGCUCGGCCCACUAAAGGUUUGGUGGGCUGAGCCAAAAUCUCGCCCCACUUUCGCAGCAAAACAGCUGACCGACGUCAACCAUGGGCCAUAUCAAAAGCCUCGCGAUGCACUAGGCUCAAAAAGGCCAUCUCAACCGGCUCUUCCAUUGAAUGAUCACACCAGCGCCAACGAAGAAGCUCUCAAGGCUGAAACAGAAGCCGAAUCAAGGACAGAAGCCGGAUGGAGCAAACGAGCAGUAACCCUGUCUCAAUUCUCUUUGGAACACCCCAUCCACGACCGAGGCCAAAUUCGUGGAAUGGAUACAGUCAAGGAUUCUUGUUACAUACAUAUCAUCAACGCCAUGGAAGCCGAGCGGUCUCAAAGAUCGCUCUCCGCGACGCCUGGAUACGGACUUGGGACCAUGCAGGUCUUUGCCUACCGCUCCCAUUCUGGCCAGCGCUCUGGGAACACCAUUCUCAUUUCCAAUAGAUCUGGAAAUCACGUCCUCGUGACUGUUGCCAUUCCGGGUUCGCAUCAUAAUCUGGAAAGCGCCAACAGCACCGAAACUGCCAUAGAAUUAGACCAGUUCUUCUUGGCUUGUUCCAGCACACACCUCUUACGCUUCCACACUUGCAAAUUUACGAUGGUUUCCAGCAAAGAACGCCAACAACAACAACAACAGCAGCAGCAGCAGCAGCGAGAUAAGAUUUCAUGCCGAACCAUGCAGGCCAAUGACACCACUUGA